AUGGCGGAUCGGGCGGAGAUGUUUUCCCUGUCCACCUUCCACUCGCUGUCGCCACCCGGAUGCAGGCCUCCCCAGGACAUCAGCCUGGAGGAGUUUGACGAUGAGGACCUCUCCGAAAUCACAGACGAUUGUGGCUUGGGCCUCAGCUACGACUCAGACCUCUGUGAGAAGGACGGCCUCUCCCUGGGGCGCUCCGAGCAGCCCCAGCCCAUCUGCUCCUUCCAGGACGACUUCCAAGAGUUUGAGAUGAUUGAUGAUGAGGAGGAAGACGACGACGAAGAGGAGGAGGAGGAGGAGGAGGAGGGCGACCAAGAGGGCAGGGAGGCAGGAGGCUCUAGUUCCAAGGCUCCCUUUUCUGAGCCCCUCAUCCCCUCCCCAUCCCUGGAGGAACCCCACAAGCACCGGCCCACCACCCUCCAGCUGACCACGCUGGGAGCCCAGGACUCCCUGAACAACAAUGGAGGCCUGGACCCUGUGCCCCCAGCCUGUUGGCAGGAGACAGCGCCCAGCUCACCUCCCCAGGACCCCCUCAGAGAGCGGCCCGGCCCCCUCCCACCCUCAGACGCAGGGCCCUGCGAGGCGCCAGUGCCCCCCAGCUGUGAUUGUGAAGGGAAUCAGCCUGUGGAGCCUCCAGCCCCGGGUGGGGCCUCACCCUCCUCAGACCCGGGCAUUGAAGCCGACCUGAGAAGUCACUCCAGUGGGGAUCCUGGGGGCCGGCGCAGCAGCCAGGAGCUGUCAUCACCCGGUUCGGAUUCAGAGGAGGUGGGCGGUGCUCGGCUGGGCCGCAUGAUCUCGUCCAUCUCAGAGACGGAGCUGGAGCUGAGCAGUGACGGGGGCAGCAGCAGUGGCCGCUCCUCACACCUCACCAACUCCAUUGAGGAGGCCUCGUCGCCGUCCUCUGAGCCGGAGCCAGAGCCGGAGCCUCCACGCCGCCCCGCCUUCCUACCUGUGGGCCCAGAUGACACCAACAGCGAGUACGAGUCGGGAUCCGAGUCGGAGCCGGACCUCAGUGAGGACGCUGACUCGCCCUGGUUGCUCAGCAACCUGGUGAGCCGCAUGCUCUCCGAGGGCUCGUCACCCAUCCGCUGCCCUGGCCAGUGCCUGUCCCCUGCACCACGCCCGCCUGGUGAGCACGGUGUGGCCGAGGACUCCUCCUAUGGCCCCGAGGCAGGUGCUGCCGGUGUGGAGCUGGUGGACAUGGAGACGCUGUGCGGGCCGCCGCCCCCUGUGCCCACUGCACCCCGGCCUGGCCCUGCCCAGCCUGGGCCCUGCCUCUUCCUGAGCAACCCCACCCACGACACCAUAACGCCACUGUGGGCUGCCUCGGGCCGCACUGCCCGCCCAGGCCGCACCUGCUCGGCUGCCUGCUCCGAGGAGGAGGAGGACGAGGAUGAGGAGGAGGAUGAGGCUGGGGCCAGGAGCCCUGCGGGGCAGCCAGGAAGCAGAGGUGUAGGCCCGGCGGGGCCAGCACGGGAUGCCUCGCUGGUGUACGAUGCGGUCAAGUACACGCUGGUGGUAGAUGAGCACACGCAGCUGGAGCUGGUGAGCCUGCGGCACUGUGCUGGCCUGGGCACCGACAGUGAGGACAGUGGCGGCGAGGUCAGCGAGGAGGAGAUGGGGCCUGCACUGCUGGGCAGUGGGCAGGUCCCCGAGGAUGCCUCCCCAGAGAGCCCUGACCUCACCUUCUCCAAGAAGUUCCUCAACGUCUUUGUCAACAGCACCUCGCGGUCCUCCAGCACAGAGUCCUUCGGGCUUUUCUCCUGUGUGGUGAACGGAGAGGAGAGAGAGCAGACCCACCGGGCCGUCUUCAGGUUCAUUCCUCGCCACCCGGAUGAGCUGGAGCUUGAUGUGGAUGACCCGGUGCUGGUGGAAGCCGAGGAGGACGACUUCUGGUUCCGAGGCUUCAAUAUGCGUACGGGGGAGCGGGGAGUGUUCCCCGCCUUCUAUGCCCAUGCUGUGCCUGGCCCCACCAAGGACCUGCUGGGGAGCAAGCGGAGCCCCUGCUGGGUCGAUCGCUUCGAUGUGCAGUUCCUGGGCUCUGUGGAAGUGCCCUGUCACCAGGGCAACGGCAUUCUGUGUGCAGCCAUGCAGAAGAUUGCCACUGCCCGGAAGCUGACUGUGCACCUGCGCCCCCCUGCCUCCUGUGACCUGGAGAUCUCCCUUCGGGGGGUCAAGCUGAGUCUGAGCGGAGGCGGACCUGAGUUCCAGCGCUGUAGCCACUUUUUCCAGAUGAAAAACAUCUCCUUCUGCGGCUGCCACCCCCGCAACAGCUGUUACUUCGGCUUCAUCACCAAGCACCCGCUGCUGAGCCGCUUUGCCUGCCAUGUCUUUGUCUCCCAGGAGUCCAUGAGGCCAGUGGCGCAGAGUGUGGGGCGCGCCUUCCUGGAGUACUACCAGGAACACCUGGCUUACGCCUGUCCAACGGAGGACAUCUACCUGGAGUAG